AUGCCACCAGCCAACACAUCGCAAGGAGGCCGGGGUGGUCAAGGCACGGCGAGAAACCCCCUUGCGCCCUCUUCCACCUCGACGGCCGGCAUCGAUGGGCAGGCAGCCGCAGGUCUCAAUACCACGGACCAGGCCAUCGAAGACUUGCUGGACACCAUGAACCAGACGCUCAAGACGUUGGGCAGUACAUUCGAGUCGCUGGGCAAACAGACUGUUACCGUUGCGUCGCUGUCUCCGAGGAUCGAGGCUGCUCAUGAGAUUCAUCGCACAGGCGAGCAGCUUCAAAUGCGUCAGACGGCACAAGACAAACGUCUGAAGGACAUGAGCGAGGUUCUGAAAGCGAAUGUCAAGGAGCAGCGCAAGCAGUGGCUCGACGCCAAGGUGAACGAACUUGUUGCCCAGAUAGUGAGCAAGAAAGUCGCGCACAGAGUGGAUCUUGAGCUAAACGUCCAGAUCCCAAGUGCCCUGAAGGACGAGGUCAACGAGUACAAGAGGCGCAUCGCGCAAGUCAAGGUCAAGCUUCACAACUCCGAAGCGAAGCGCAAGAACUCGCUCAUUCCACCGUAUGCGCCAUCGGGGGACGAGCCACUAGAUUACCUGCUGCCGCCACUGAGCGAGAGUCAGAUAGACAUGCCGCCGCGUCCCGCUCUGUUCCCUCCGAACCUCCGCGCGCUCUUGCAGCUCAACUCUCAGCAACUAUCGUCCCUUCUCCAGCUGUACGGGAUCGAGGAGGUCACGGAGGUCACGGCGGCCAGCCCGCUGUCACCCGGCGGAGCGGCGCGCGAGCAGAACUUGAACCAGUUCAUGUCCUUCAUUGGAGUUGGCCUGUUGGCCCUCCCUCCGCCCGCGGUUGCAGAGGGUGCCGAGGGCAACUUCCUCAUGAGCCCGGUAGUCACCAGGCGUCAUGGAUGGCGGCCGUUCGAGGGCACUCGCGUCUGA